UCUUUAAAUAUAUAAGUCACACGUCGAAAUGUUUGCACUGCCGAUAACAUUUGCCCGUCUUUUAAAUCCCGGUGCAAUGCUCACCAAAGAGCUCAAGAUGAAGAUAUACAACUAUGAGAUGCUGAAGCAGGAGAAGACCCAGCUGGAGCAGGAGAUAAGUGCAUUGCGCAAGGAGCAGGACACCAUUGAAAACAGCUUGGCUGAGGCCUAUGCCGAAGUUGAUUUUCAGCGUUGUCUCAGCGGUCAGUUAAUAUAUCCACGGAAUGAUACCGAUUUGGAGAAUUCCAUUCAACAGCAUUUAAGCAUUAUUAUUCGCAAAUUGGGAAGCAUCUAUGAGCGUAAAUUGUAUUUGGAUGUGGACUUGCAGAAGCAGAAGUCCGCUAUUGAAAAGGACAUUGUGAAAGUGAAUGCGGAGACUGCUGCAGCAGCUGAAGCCGGUUCCACUUGAAUGGGGACAUGAAUCUCAAUUUAAUCGUUAACUUUGAGUGCAUUCCUAAACUCAAACUUAAUAGAUCUUUAUGUUUUUUGAACUCAUCAGAUUUUAGUUGAAACUACACAGGAAGUCAACCUAUAAUGCUUUUGACAAUUUAUUAUUGAUAUUAAUCAAUACAUAAUUAAAAUGAUUUAAUACAUUCAACAUUUUU